AUGUGUUUGAAGCAUAAAGGAGAAAAGAGAGGUUUCUUCUUUGUGAUUACUCUUGCAGGUAUGCAGAAUAAGAAAGCAGUAAUUAAUCUUUUUCUGAUAUUUGCAUCAAAGCUAAUGAAGAGCAGGAACUACAUUGAGCUACUGAAGAUGCCAGCAAAGGUAUACAGAAUAGCUCUAAAAAUCUCAGAAACAGAACAUCUCUUUAAAAUGGAAAGAGCCCUGCAAUUGGCAUUUAAUACCCCAGCAACAUCAGACACACACAUAGCCGAGUUAUGGCUAAAUGUUCAUUUGAACAAGAAAAAUGAUCAAGAAAUGAGCAUACAAAACAUGAAUCAGUCUCUUUCUCAUGACCAACUCAACAAAAUUGCAGAAGGCAUAUCUGUUUUACUUCCCGGGGUACUAGAAAACGUACUUUCCGGGACUAAAACUACGUCCCGCGAGGGUUCUAUUCAUCGAAAGCUCUUCGUUGGGAGUCUCGGGUUACAUACUACAUCCGAGACUCUGCAUCAAAUUUUCUCUGCCUAUGGAGAACUAGAAGAAGCUUUCGUGGUUAUAGAUAAAUCCGGUAUAAGCAAAGAGUACGGCUUUGUGAUUUUCAAGAAUGUAAGGAGCGCUAUAAUGGCACUGAAAGAGCCAUACAAGAGGAUCGAUGGAAAAAUGACGGUUACAAAGGUUGCUAAUUCGAGAACCAAAGACGGAGAAAAUGAGUCUCUACGUACAAUUUAUGUGUCCAACGUGCCACGUGACAUGUUUCCUGGUAAAUUAUUGGAGUACUUCUCGUCUUAUGGCGUGAUAGAAAAGGGUCCAUUUGGUUUCGAUAAGGAAACAGGAAAAUCAAAAGGUUACGCGAUUUUCGUGUACAAAACACUAGAAGGUGCCAAAACUGCAAUUUAUGAACCUAGUAAGUGUGUUGAUGGACAAUAUUUGACUUGUGAAAUGGCCAAUCCGCGAACAAAGAAAAAACCGCGCACCAUUCCAAAUUUAUGCAAUUAUGGAACCGGUUUUUAUGACCGUUACAAGAAUGAAAGAUCAAUGUUCGAUGGUUAUGGCUCGAGACCAGAAGUGUCACAAGUUGGUACUCAGUAUGUCCCUUGUCAGGGCAAUGGGCAAAUGUAUGCACAAAAAUGUGAUUGUGGGCUGGUUUCUAAUGGCAACAUUCAUGGGGGCUUAUCACCAACAGUUAUGGGCCUCAAUCACAUGGGCUCUGGGCUUUGUUCUAAUAUGGGCCAUGCAGAUUUCAGUUUUUGGUCCUCAGAUUUUCCAAGGCGCAAGCCAUUAUGGUUUUGA